AUGGAGCCGGUGAAAAGAAUUAGGAGACAACAAUGUACCAACAUACAAGAUGUUCCGAAGGAUCUGAUCCAACAUAUUCAAUCAUUGUUGCCCUUAGAAGAAGCUGCUCGUACAUGUGUUUUGUCAAAGUCAUGGCUACACGCCUGGUCUACCAUCCCUACCCUCAGGUUUCAUCCUUCAUCCAAACUCAACGAAACAAACUACAUAAAACUCAUCAACCGCACUCUGCGAAGGUAUCGUAGACACAACAUACCUUUCGUAACUUUUGGUCUUGACUUUGACGUCCACGACCUAAAAACUGUUUAUCGUGCCCAUAAUUGGGUCCGGAAAGUAGCUUCCAUGAGGUGUCUUAAGGAGCUAUACCUCUGUAUAUCUCUAGAUGAUCGUCGCAUUGCUUCAUAUACGUUUCCAGAUGACUUGUUUUCUGGUGAAAACCUGAAUACCAUAAGUGUAAAAUCUGAACCGGAUGUUAAGAGCAUACUAUGCAUCAGUAGUGAUACUGUCAUCAAAUGUGUGAACCUACGAGUAUUAAAGUUAUGCCGUGUAAACAUAGGGGCGGAGGUACUUGAUAGCGUAUUAUCUACUUGUAACUUACUUGAAAAAAUACACCUUUACGAUCUCAAGUUGAGAACAUUCAAGGUUAAAAACCUUCGUAAUCUUCACUCGUUGAAAAUUAAAUCAAUCACACAAACUGAUAGUUUGGAAGUUUAUCAAGUCCCAAAUCUUCACAAGUUGACUCUCGGGGGCUCAUCCUUCGUAUUUUCUAAUAGUACACUUCCAUCUUUUAACACUGAUUUGUUAGGGAGCGUGACAACGUUAAUCUUAGAUGGUGUGUCGAUCAUGGAUGAUGCAGUUUUGAAUAUUAUCAAAUCAAGCUUCCCUUUUCUCUUGUAUUUGAGCCUCAGAAUGAAGCGUUGUAACCUUAAAGUUUUGGAUAUCACGUGUCCUUCCUUAAAGAGAUUGAUCAUUGAACUUCCGAAAAAAAAGCAAAUCGAAAUACAAAUCUAUGCUCCAAAGUUACUUUAUUUCCUCUACUCGGGCGAGGCAAUGCCUAGUCUGUUCAUCAAUCCAACCACUACCCCUCCUCCACAAAUCGAGUUAGAGCUAACAUUUCCGCAUUUGAAAUCCAUUGAUGAUGGUCAUUCUAUCUUUCUUAAGCUGAAAGAAGCACUCAACAUACCAAGCAAGUUUAACAACCGAUUAUGA